AUGGAUCCUAUCGCUUUACAUCAUGCAAUGCUAUUGCAACACCAUGCCCUGAAACUACAGCAAGACUCUAUGAUCAUGCUGACGAUGCUGAAGAUUAGAAGAAAAAAACAUACUAAAAAGAAAUAUUGGGUUGUUCCGUGGUUACGAGGACGUCAAAGAGAUCAUUAUGGCCAGUAUACCUCCCUCAUGAAAGAACUGAGGCUUGGAGAUGAAGCUUCCUAUCGGAACUAUCUGCGUAUGCCACCGGAGAUGUUCGACGAACUGUUGACCAGGGAAGACCAUUCUUCGACUUUGAUCGACCACAGGAGACCGAGGCGUGACCACUUCGUGGACAACCUUCGACUUCGUGCGAUCUUCAGCGAUCAAGCCACGCUCUUAGAUCGCAACUCAGUCUUCCGGGAAGAAUUUUUGGAUUUUUACAAUCUUACACACCGAAGAUGGUCCAACUCUAACUCUGGAAUUCAUUUUUUACCAUGUCAAUUCAAAGUAAUUGACACAGUGGAAUUUAUGGAGGAGAACAGCACCACAAUGUCAGAUUACAGCUUGAUUGACAACCAAAGAGAACUGACAAAAAUACUGUCUGAAUUGGAGGUUCAAAUGACAAACUGUGAACAUUCAGUGAGGUUCACUAGAGAAGUCAAUCAGCAAGGCAAAAAAGGACAUAGUUUUAGUAUCUCUUUUCCUACUGAUAUGUGUGUGACUGAUAAUGGUGAUGUUUAUUUCACUGAUUAUAAUGACAAUACCAUCCGCCGAUUGUCACCUUCGGGGUCUGUCUCUAAAGUCAUCAGUACAGAUCCACUGGUACCAUCAGGAAUCUGUCAGUCAGUGGACGGUGGACUACUGGUCACCUUGAGAGACAAUGAAUCAGGUCCUUACAAAUUAGAGUCAAAGAGCAGAUGUUUGGUGAGACACAUCACAGUAAAAGGUGAUGUCAUCCUUGAACUAGUGAUUAUGUCUCCCUCUGGUCGUAUGAAGUCUGUCUACCAUGGACAGAACCUGACAGAGGACUUCAGGCCAGUUGAUGUUGUAAGUGAUUCCCUCUGUAACAUCCUUGGUACUGACCCUAACAACAAACAGAUCCAUCUGUUGAGUCCUGAUUGGAGAGUUGCUAAAGUUUCUACUGACAGAAAAUGA